AUAAUAAUGUAGUAUAUAUAUUUCCCCAUGUUGGAAUGUUAUGUCUAUCAAUCACAAAAAGCAUCCGACACUGCUAGCAUCCGGCAAUGGAAUUUUUAAAGGUGGUUAGUUUUGUUAUCUGUGUUGUUUAUGCAUUGAUUGGUACCGUUGUUUGCUUUCAUUGCGAUGAGAAUGCAGUCCACUGUUUCACAUCACUUGUUAUACAAUCUGCCUUUACUAUGAUUGGUGAAAAAGAAAUCCGUCAAGUUUACGUAAAGGAUCGGGAACUGUAUUCCACUAAUCCAGCAAUAAAUGGCCCAGUCCCUAUAGACGAUAUAAUAACUGCUGACGGUUGGAAUCAUACAAGACAUUUGAUUACUGCAAAUGGAUCCAUGCCAGGACCGUCUAUUUUCAUUUAUCAGAACCAGAAAAUAACGAUUCUCGUCACAAACCAGAUGAUUAAUGAAGCUGUGACUAUUCACUGGCACGGUAUUGACCAACUCGGAUGGCCAGCAAUGGAUGGCGUGGCAUUUGUUUCUCAAUGUCCAAUACUUCCAGGACAGACUUUUAAUUACACUUUCCAACCGACAUUUGGGGGUUCCUACUGGUAUCACUCACAUGUAGGUAAUCAACGAGAUAUGGGCAUGUACGGUGCAUUUAUCGUUCUUAGAAAAAGGGACCCAGUACCAUUCGAAUUCCAACAUAUUGUACAGAUACAAGAAUGGAAUCAUCUAUAUAACGCAAUGGACCUAUUGUAUGCAAAUGUGAAAAAUGAGGUAAAAUCCCCAAAUUCUAUUUUGAUCAAUGGAAGAGGAGAGCUUAAAAAUAACCUUGCACCUUUAGAAAUAUUUCAUGUUACAAAAGGCAAUCGAUGUUUGCUUAGACUUAUAGGGGUAGGUUCAAUGCACGUACUCUUGUUUUCUAUACCUGGUUUAAAGUUAAAUGUAACAGAAACUGAUGGUUUUGAGGUUGUUCCUACUGUCGUUGAUAAAAUCAUCAUAUAUCCCGCUGAACGUUAUGAUUUUGAACUCGAUCUUGAUUAUGCAAAGGAAGGGAUAUAUAACAUUACUGCCAGCAUCCUUUCAUCACCUAAUCUAACAAUUGAAUCGCCUAUUGGACUUGGGUUUCUUAGUGUUUCCAACAAUAUUAAUCCACACUCAAAGGUUUACGAACAAAAUAUUAAAAUUCGAGUCCUGAAUUGUCCGUUUAAAACGUUUCCUUUCGAGGAAAACAUAAUUUGCGUUCCUGUUAAUGACUUGAAAGAUAGGCGAAACGUAGAUAAUGGAAAAUUUGUUUUACAGAAUAUACCAAAAUCAAGCGAAAAUGCAUUACAUUUUUUGAACUUCGGUUUCCCAAAAGAUCGUUCAUCAAUAAAUGGCCGAAUUUUUCGAUGGCCAACUGUAUCUGCUCUUACACAACCGUCUGAGGUAGAUACCAACUGUAAUGGAUGCACCGACGAAGAAAUUUGUCACUGUAGCCAUGCACUCAAUUUGAAAUCCGGAACUACAAUUAUUAUGGUUUUACUAAAUCUCGGCACGGGAGCUGCAAUUUCGCACCCUAUUCACAUGCAUGGCCAUACCUACGAAGUUCUAAAAAUGGAAUUUCCUGAGGUAAACAUUGAUGGACACUUUACUUUUACAGAAGAUAUUAAAUGCAGCAAUACACUUCCAAAUAUGAAUAGCAGUUGUAAUAAUGCACGAUGGCGAAACUCGUCGUGGAAUGAUUACAAUAAAAUUCCUGGAAUUAAUACAGUUGACCCUUUGCGCAAAGAUACGAUAGUGGUACCAUACGGGGGAUAUGUGAUAAUAAGAAUAGAAGCAAGAAACCCAGGCGUGUGGUUCAUGCACUGUCACAUUGAUAAACAUAUGGUAGAAGGUAUGGCGUUAAUGCUAAAUGAAUCGUUUGAGCAUAUACAAAUACCAAAUGGAUUACCAACAUGUCACAGCUAUCUGACGAAAAUGUCAGGUGAACUCAGCGCAACUUCGUUUCCUCAAGCAAGUUCUACAGGUUCCACGUCUAUUCUAAUUGGUUUUGUGGUGUUUUUUGCCGCUUUAGUGCUGCUACUAUUUGGUUAUAUAAUUUGGAAAAAGAGGACAGCAAUGACCACCCACAAGCAGUCAUCGACUAAUGAGGAGUACACUGCAAGAUAUAAAAAUACUGGUUCAGAAGAUUAAUCAACCUCAGCAAAUUUUGUAAAAACAAUCCGAUAUUGAGAAAUAUAAAUAAACUAAAACAAAUCAAAGUAAAGCUAUAUAUUCACUUUUAAGCAUAUUACUAGAAGUGAUUUUCUUAAUUUUCAUCAGAUGAAAGUAAUUUUAUAGAAAAAACGUGACCCGAAAUUUUAAAUGCCAAACAGAAAACAUUUAUCAUUUAAAUUGAUACAGACUCAGGCCAAGUAUAUACGCCAACACAUAUAUGAUUACCUUUUAGAAGCUAGUAGCAGUCUUGUAACAGUUGAAAAUUGGUUUAAUUGGACAUUGCACAUACAUCUAUAAUAGUUUUUUUUUAAACUGUUAUCAACUGUUUAAAUAUGAAAUGUUGUAUAUAUCUUUUUUUGUAAUAAAUUUUAACAAUGUGAUAAAAUGUAAUAUGUAAUUCAAUGCUUUAAUUUGGUAAAGUAAUUGUAAUGUAAUGCAUUAU